UUGUAAUCAUCAUCAGCAAACUCCAAAAUCCAAAUCAAUCCAACGGCAGUCCCAAAAACCUGAAUUUCGUAUUCAUCACCAAGUGGGAGAAUGAGAGAUGGCCAAAUACAAAAGCUUUCUCAAAGCCCUAGCCAAUCCCUUCACUUCUAAAUCAAGCAAAGAUCCCAACGAGGCGGACUUGGAGAAAAUUGCUGCUCAAGAACAGAAGCAAUUUCCUUUCGAGGUCCUGGUUGCAGCCACGAAUAACUUCCACCCCACUCUGAAGCUUGGGGAAGGGGGUUUUGGUCCUGUAUACAAGGGAAAACUGGUUGAUGGGCGAGAAAUAGCGGUGAAGAAACUGUCGCGCAGCUCAGCGCAGGGGAAGAAGGAGUUUUUGAGCGAGUCAAAGCUGCUGGCACGUGUGCAGCAUAGGAAUGUGGUGAAUUUGUUGGGAUACUGCGUCCACGCUGCAGAAAAGCUGCUUGUUUAUCAAUAUGUGGUCAACGAGAGCCUCGACAAGAUUCUAUUCAAGGGCGAUGGCGGAGGAGAUGAAUUUGAUUGGAAACGGAGGUACGAUGUGAUCACCGGCAUUGCAAAGGGGUUGGUUUAUCUUCAUGAAGAGGCUCACUGCCGCAUCAUACACCGUGACAUCAAACCUAGCAAUAUCCUUCUUGAUCACAAGUGGGUUCCCAAGAUUAGUGAUUUUGGGAUGGCGCGCCUCUAUCCUGAAGAUCAAACACACAUCAACACCCGUGUUGCUGGAACCAAUGGCUACAUGGCACCUGAAUACCUUGUGCACGGCCAUCUUUCGGACAAGGCAGAUGUGUUCAGCUUUGGGGUUGUAGUUCUGGAGCUCAUAAGUGGACAGAAGAACUCAAGAUUCAACCGAGAUCCUGAGUGUCGGAGCUUGCUUGAAUGGGUAUACAAGCUUUACAAGAAGCAGAGGAUCAUGGAAGUGAUUGAUCCUAGAAUAGUGUCUUCAGCAGAUCCUCAUCAGGUGGUAAUGUGCAUACAGAUAGGGUUGCUGUGUGUUCAGUCCGACCCUAAAACGAGGCCUGAUAUGAGCCGUGUGGUUUUGAUACUGUCCAAGAAGCCGGCCAUUCUUGAAGAACCGUCGAGGCCUGGACACCCAGGGACCAGGUAUACACUUCCUCGCCGGCCAACUGCACAUGCAUCUGCAUCCUCUGCUUCUGCCCUAUCUCAAUCAUUCGGCUCCACACUCAACUCAACUGCAUCUGCAACUGCAACUUCAAAUUCAACUUCGGACCCCCAUGGGAAGAGACCUAUGACAUAUUAGUGAAUCAUCACCGAUUUUGCAACAAUGUUAACUCAACUCUCAUCAACAAUUCCUAAAAUCUCAUUAGUUUUGAGUUUAGACUAAACAGUAAACACACACCCCACCCAACAUCUCUUCAGUAUUGAGUAUUUCCUUGUAUAAAUUUUUGUUUGUAUUUUUCCUUGCUGUUACCUGUAUAUCUAGUUAGGAUUUAUUACCGGCAAUUGAUUUUUAUAGUUGAUAUAACUUUGUUAUUAAGUUAGAGCUAAUUAUUUUAUGACUAAUUUUUGUUUUUGGUGA